UCAAGGACUCUCAAGGUGACCUGAAGGUGAAACCAUCUUUGUCCCAGUGACUGUUCACUGGCAACUGAGAUGAAGAGGGCUGUAUCCCUGCUCCCUUCUGGGGCAAAGACAGACCUCUCUCGGGCUGGGUUUGUUUUGUGGGAUCAGAGAAGUGGAGACGGCCCAUGGGAGGAGGAGCACCUUCAUCUCUUGAGAUGUGGAGUGGGUGUUCUUUGCCGGGGGAGAACAGGGUGCUAUGGAACUGGGUGCCCACAAAAGACAGUAUCAACGAGCUGGAUGCUCCAACUCCCCACCUCAUCUCCCUUUCCUUGCCCUCUGGGGUGGGGGUCCUGGCUCCCAGUGCCAGGAUCAGGCCAACACUGCCCACAGUCCUUGUCUGCCCUGGAGCGGGGUGCAAGGAGGUAUUUCGGGGUUGCAGUGGAUCUGCGGGGAGAGUAACACCCCGUGUCCCCCUGCUAGGGUCGGGGUCGAGGAUGGGGCUGCUGGUGCUGGCCCUGGCCACCUGGCUGGGGCUGGGGCUGGCCUCGGCCUCCGAGGAGGCGGCCAACAGCAGCCGGAUCUGCCAGGAGGCUCCGGCGUGGACCAUCAAUGGCUCGAGCCCCAUGGAGGGGGCGGCAGGCCAGGUGACGGUGGUGGCCCUGCUGAAGGCCAGCUGACAAUUCUGCCUGAGGCAGGCCCACAGCCUCGGGGGCCUGCGGGAGCGGCUGGCCCGGCAGGGCACGGCCCAUGUCCGCUACAUGAUCGUCAACGAGAAGGCGCCGCUGUCCCGCGCCAUGCUCCCGGAGCUGCAGCGCCAUGCCCCGCCCGGCGUCCCCGUCUUCCAGCCGGAGCGGGAGGACCCUGACGUCUGGCAGGUCCUAGGGGGUGACAAGGACGACUUCCUUGUUUAUGACCGGUGUGGCCGCCUGGCUUUCCACAUCCAGCUGCCCUUCAGCUUCCUCCACUUCCCCUAUGUGGAGGCAGCCAUCCGCUCCAGCCUCGUCAAGGACUUCUGUGGCAACUGCUCCUUCUACCACAACAUUACCCAGGAGGGUAACAGUACCAUGGAGGGCUCUGCAACCCCGAGCUCACUUCCUGAACACGAGGGGAUGGAGUCGGAGAUCCCCAUCCACCAGCACAAGCCCCUCCAUCCUCACCACCAUCAUGAGGUCAGCAGCGAGAGGGACACAAACCCAAGUGAGGACCACAAACCUGCUACCCAUGCUCACCACCACCAUGGAGACCAUGCCCAGCUCCAUCACAAGGGGAAGAAGCAGAAGGAGGAGGAUGAGCAUUAAACCAGGCUGGGCGGCCUUGCAGAACCCAGUAGUGUGCAGAUGACCCCAACUCACUUCACAGAGGUGUGGAAGGACUUGCUUUGGGCUGCUGGUCACCAGCAGCACUGGUUUAACAACUCUCUCCAGCAUACCCCAUGAGGGUUGCACUCCUAUGCUGUGAUAGGGAUGGAAAUUCCCCUUGGAUCCUGCUCAGUGCUGCGUUUUCAGCCCCAGGGCUCAGUUCUGAGCCUUCAUCUGCCACUGCCUGCCUUUCUGUGCUCAAUGAAGCCUGCUGUGCAAACCAGGAGGUCCCUGGUCACUGCUGGCUGACACUGCACAGAGCGGGAGGGCGGGGGUGGAGGGGCCAGAGCUGGGAUGGGAGCAGCACUGCUGGCAUCCUCUGCCCGUCCAGACACUCGUGGGUGUGCUGGAAUCCCUGGGCUUCCUGGCCAGGGAGCCAGGGGAGGGACAGCGUGUGCUCUGCAGGACAUGGUUCCAGGGGUCUGAGGGCACGAGGAGCGGUGGGAUGUCGCAGCUCCCCAUGGUCCAAACCCUGUGCCCCCAUAGCUGUCACAUGCUUGGCGCCCCACAGACCGUGCACACGGGUAUGUGCAGUGGUGGCGGGUGGCCGCAAGAUGGUGGCCUUGUCCCCUCUUGGAGACCCGGGGGCUCCAAUGGGGCACGGCCCGGGGAGGACAGGGUGAGGAUCCUGAGGUCUUUCCUGGUGGUAAGCGAGGUGGGAGGGCAGCGUGGAUAUCCGGAGUAUGAAUAAAACCUCUGUGAAGUGA